AUGUCCUCAGCACAAGACGAUGCUAGACUCCAAAAUGCUAGAGAGACGAUAGAUUCUUUACAUGACUUGUCGCAACUCUUACAAACAGGUCUCGACAAAAAUACUCUAUCAAUAUGUGUAGGGAUGAUCGAACAAGGUGCUAAUCCUGACACAUUGGCGGCAGUGAUCAAAGAGCUCAGGAGGGAAAAUGAGAUUCUGAAAGGUCAGAAAGAUGGUCAUUGA